GCAACGCACCAUGUCAAGUUUGAAGUGUAUGAAACUUGCAUUUUGCAAGGCUUCUAAUUCCUGAAUUAUUUAGAAAAUUUCUACCAUUCGUGUCUGCUUUCAUUUCAUUAAUAGUAUUUUAUUCCUAUUUAUAAAGUAUUUGGAAGUUGAGAGACCACAAUCGUUAUAGAUAUCCAACAUUUCACAAUGAGUGCCUCAGAAGAAGAAAUUGAUAAACGACCCGUUAAGGAAGAAUCGAAGAAGAAACACUCCGAAAAUGAAGAAGAAAUUGAAAUUGACGUUUCUAAACCAGUUCCUCCUUCUAAAAAGUUGAUGCGAAAACUUCGUAAAGCUGGUAAAAUUGACAAGGAAGGAAACUGGACUCCCGAAGCAUUAGAAGAAGCCAAGAAGAAAGAAGAAAAGCGAUUGAAGAAGAUUGACGUGAAAUAUGGAUCAGGUUCGGGAGAAGAGGAAAAAGAAGGAAGCAAACGUUCGCCAUGGGGAGUUUGGAUUGGUAAUUUGAGUUUUUUUACGACUCCUGCUAUUUUGAAAGAGUUUUUCGUUCGUGAAACAAAAGAAACUGUUGAGGAAGAUGACGAGAAACCGUUUGAAUUUACUGGUGAAAACAUUACACGAAUUCACAUGCCCAUGUCCAAAGAGCACCGAAACCAAAACAAGGGAUUUGCCUAUAUCGACUUUGAUUCGGAAGAAGCUCUAAAGGCAGCAUUGCAAUGUACAGAAAAGCCUUUGAAUGGAAGAAAUGUCUUGAUUAAAUCUAGUAACGACUAUCAAGGUAGACCUGCGAAAUCGAGCUUACCUUCCAAAACCAUCGCCAGACAAGAGUCUAGGAAUCCUCCAUCCGCUGUCAUUUUCGUCGGAAAUCUUCCUUUUGAUGCUACGGAGGAUAUGUUAAGAGAGCAUUUUGGACAAGCCGGUGACAUUCGACGCGUGCGUCUAAUGACCUUUGAAGAUUCCGGAAAGUGCAAAGGAUUUGGAUUUGUCGAUUUCCAUGAUGUAGAGACUUCAAUGAAAGCAAUGGCAAGAAACCAUGACACCUGGCGUCUUGAAUACGGUCAAGACAGAUCGAAGCGCACACGUAAGGCUCCUGAUUCCGUUGCUCGUACCGAUGAUCAUUCAGCCAAACGCAGGAAAAAUGUCGACGCUCGUGACAUUCGUCCAGGAGCUUCUUUGGCCAAUGCACAGCGUGGUUCUAUGGGCAUUAAGGAAUCUACUGGUAAAAAGAUUACAUUUGACUAAUUAAUUGUUUGGAACAGGAUAUUUUCCGGAUUUACAUAUAAAUAAAAAAAGGGGUAUAUUAAGGAAUGAUUUAUUAAAAACUACAUGCAUGGAUCGGUUUCGUAAGUGAA